GUCAAAGAACCCGUAAACAUGAAGAAACUCGAUGCACACACGUAUGAAGCAACGUACUACCCAAGGAAAGUCGGCCGCCACGUUGUGAUGGUGACGUUUGCAGGGGUGGAAAUCCCUAAAGCACCUUUUGAAGUGCACGUCAACCCAUUCAAAGAGACUUUGAUUCGUGCUUACGGACCUGGACUUACCGGAGGCAUAGUUUCACAUCCAGCGAUGUUCACUGUCGAAACUAAUGGAGAAACCGGUUCACUAGGAUUCAGUAUCGAAGGACCUUCAAAGGCUAAAAUCGAUUGCCAAGAUAACGGGGACGGAUCGGCGGACGUCAGGUACUAUCCGAUGGCGCCAGGAGAGUAUGCCGUGCACAUAUUAUGUGAUAACGAGGACAUACCUAAGUCACCUUACAUUGCCAACAUUUUACCUAGUACUGAUUUCUAUCCCGACAAGGUAAACUGUUACGGAAGUGGAUUACAACCAAAUGGCGUCAUACAAGGAAAACCGGCUGAAUUCGUGGUGGAUACGAAAAAGGCCGGAGUAGCUCCACUUGACGUCAAGAUCAUCGAUUCAAAUGGCAACUUCGUAGAACCCGUGUUGAAAGACAACAAGGAUGGUACGUUUUCCUGCAAAUACGUCCCAAAGUCGAUCGGCAAACACACGUUACAGGUUAGUUACGGAGGCGUCGCUGUACCAAAAAGUCCGUUCCGCGUAUUCGUGUCACAGCCGUUGAACGCGAAUAAAGUACAAAUAUUUGGACCAGGUAUCGAAUCCGGUGUCAAGACCAAUAAACCCAAUCAUUUCACCAUCGAUUGUUCAGAAGCCGGGAUCGGGGAGCUCAACGUGAAUCUGGUAAACGACAAAGGAGUCAACGUGCCAUUGCAGGUUAACGAUAACGAAGACGGUUCGUUCCUCAUUGACUAUGUGCCGACAAGCUCGGGCGUUCACAAUUUGAAUUGCACUUACGGUGGAGUUAAGGUACCUGAUUGCCCGAUMAAAAUCAACGUUCAGUCUCCAGUAGACUUGUCCAAAGUCAAAGUGGAUGGUCUCGAAACUCUGGCCCCGGUCAACAGUUUGCAACAGUUCCGGGUGAUGACGCGAGAAGCUGGUAGGGCGGAAUUUGCAGUGGUGAUCACCAGCCCGUCCGGCGGUUCGGUGACGGCRCACGUGGUACCCUUUGCCGACGGUUACGUGGUGAACUUCACGCCAACCGAAGUGGGCGAGUACCGACUGAGUGUGACGCUGGGCGGUGAACAGGUGGGCCGGCCGUACCGCGUGUCGUGCACACGGGCCAACGACCCGGGAAAGGUGACGGCCCGUGGACCUGGCCUUUCCGGCGGCCCUGUCAAUCGGCCUGCCGAGUUCACCAUCGACACGAAGCGCGCCGGCCAGGGUGGCCUGGGCGUGACGGUCGAGGGCCCGUGUGAAGCGGCCAUCAAUUGCCGAGAUAACGGGGACGGCACGUGCUCAGUGGCGUAUAUGCCCGUCGAGGUCGGCCACUACGUCAUCAACAUCACAUUUGAUGACCAACCGAUUCCAGGGUCUCCGUUUAACGCGCUGAUUGGUGGCCGGGCGGCCGGCGAUGCUCCACGACCUCCUAACAACGUUAAGGCUUCCGGCAACGGUCUUUUGGCCAACGGUGUUUUCUUGGGAUCACCAACUGACUUUUCUGUGGAUUCUCGAGCCGUUGCCAAGUACGGCAAAGGCGUCGUUACGUGUACGGUGACUAAUCCAUCUGGCAGCAGAACCGAAACGUUCAUCACGCCACAAAGCGAUGGAACAUAUAAAAUCAGUUACACCCCGUUCGAAGAAGGACCACACACCAUUGAUAUUUAUUACGACGGGGUGCCCAUAGUCGGCUCACCGUUUUCCGUUAACGUGAAACGAGGAACUGACGCCAGCAAAUGCAGAGCUUUUGGACCGGGUUUGACCAAAGGAAUCAUCAACAAAGUCAAUGCUUUUACUGUCGAAACAAAAGGAGCUGGCACUGGAAGCUUAGGUUUGGCCAUCGAAGGGCCUUCCGAGGCAAAAAUGACGUGCAAAGAUAAUCGCGAUGGUUCGUGUUCGGUCGAAUACACACCAACAGAAUCUGGGGAUUAUGAUGUGAGCAUUCAGUUCGCUGAAAAACACAUUCCCGGAUCACCGUUUAAGGUUACAGUCGAUCGUCCUGCAACCGUGAAUGACAUCAAGGUGAGUGGACCAGGCAUCAACCCUAAGUAUUGCAGGGCAAACACGCCUAUCACGUUCAAAGUGGACGCGUCGAGAUCUUCUAAAGGAAAUGUAGACGUGAAAUUGGUAACCGACAAAGGUCCGUUACAACAGAAACCGAUUAUUCGUGACAAUGAAGAUGGUACCUACGAUGUUACUUACACUCCAAAUCCAGAAGGCGCUCUACUUACAGCCAACGUAUUGUACAACGGAUAUCAAGUACCGGACAGUCCUUUCAAGCUCAGAGUUCGACCUAAGUUCGAAUUGGAUAAGAUCAAGAUUGAAGGCCCCGGUGUAUCCGAUUCUCGAGGUGUCAAGGCAUCUGUUCCCACGUAUUUCGUCGUGGAUGCUACUGACGCUGGUUCCGGAAAAUUGGACUUGAGAAUUAUGGGACCCGAUGGUUUUCCCAGGCCGGUGGACAUAGAAAAGAAGGAAAAUUUAUACAAAAUAAAGUAUACUCCAGAUGACUGCGGUCGGUACUCGAUUGAAGCGCUAUAUGAUGGAAAACCAUUACCGCAAUCGCCGAUCCAUGUACAGUCCUACUCCACUGGAAAUGCGGCCAAUUGUCGUAUCACAGGGAACGUAGAGAGCCGAACACUGACGGGUAAAAACCAUAGCAUCAUCGUAAAUGCAAGAAACUGCGGUGAUGGGAACGUGACGUGCCGGAUAAGACCGGUGGACGGGCAUUACUUCGUAAAUACAGAAGUCGUGCCGAAAAACGAUGGCACUUACGUGGUCAACUAUUCCGUCAAAGAACCCGGAGACUACACGUUGACGAUGAAGUUUGGCGGUCAGCCGAUCAAAGAUGGGUUUUACAAAUUUACGGCCACCGAAGAUAAAGUCGGAGUAAAACGGUUGCCCAGAGACUUUGCCGAGCAACUGCGCUUCGACGAGUACGCGCAACAGACGACCACAACCACCUCCACAACCACCUCUACCACCACCGACGAGUAUAGGCCCGUGGCUUUAGACAAGAUACCGGUACCUUCGUGCGGCGGACAUUUGACAGCUGAUAUCACGAUGCCAAGUGGUAAACGAGACCAACCAUCCAUCGAGGAUAAUCACGAUGGUACAGUAUCACUUAAAUACGAUCCCAAGGAAGAAGGCUUGCACGAGCUAUUCGUUAAGUACAACGGGGAAAACGUUCAAGGUUCGCCGUUCAAAUUCCAUGUUGACUCCAUCACCAGCGGGCACAUCACGGCAUACGGACCGGGACUCACGCACGGCGUCAGCGGAGAACCGUCGGACUUCACCAUAUACACGAAAGGAGCAGGAGCCGGUGGUCUUUCAUUGGCCGUCGAAGGUCCCAGUAAAGCGGACAUAAGUUGUCACGAUAACAAGGACGGCACGGUUUCUGUCACGUACCUGCCAACGGCACCCGGCGAAUAUAGGAUUUCCGUCAAGUUCGCUGACAAACACAUCAAAGGAAGCCCGUACAAUACGAAAGUCACAGGUGAGGGCCGGAAGAGAAACCAGAUAUCAGUGGGCUCAUGCAGCGAAGUAUCGUUGCCUGGUAAAGUGCUAGACAAGGACUUCCGGUUGUUGAAUGCGUCGAUCCAAGCGCCGAGUGGUCUGGAAGAACCUUGCUUCUUGAAACGUCUACCAAACGGCAACUUGGGUAUAUCGUUCACGCCUAGGGAGAUCGGCCAGCACGUGGUGUCUGUGAAAAGAAUGGGCCAGCAUAUCGUCAACUCACCGUUCAAGAUAACCGUAGGUGAGCGAGAAGUUGGAGACGCAAAAAAGGUCAAAGUCACCGGUAAUGGGUUAAAAGAAGGCAAAACGCACGUAGAGAAUUUGUUCACAGUGGACACAAGGAGUGCCGGUUAUGGUGGAUUAUCGCUUUCCAUCGAAGGUCCAAGCAAAGCAGAGAUCCAGUGUAAGGACAACGAAGACGGUACAUUGAACAUAUCGUACAGGCCCACAGAACCAGGAUAUUAUAUCGUUAAUCUGAAGUUCGCCGACCAUCACGUCGACGGUUCACCCUUCACCGUUAAAGUCACCGGCGAAGGAAGCAAUUGUCAGCGCGAGAAGAUCGAACGGAAACGCGAAGCCGUACCUCUCACCGAGGUGGGCAGCAACUGCAAACUCACGUUCAAGAUGCCGGGUGUGUUGCCAUAUGAUUUGUCAUCGACGGUGACAUCGCCGUGUGGUAUUACGGAAGAUGCUGAAAUCAACGAAAUCGAAGACGGCCUCUACGCGGUACACUUUGUCCCAAAGGAAUUGGGUGUGCACACGGUGUCGGUUCGGUACAAGGAAGUCCACAUACCUGGAUCGCCGUUCCAAUUUACCGUCGGUCCUUUAAGCGAUGGCGGAGCUCAUCGCGUACACGMUGGAGGUUCUGGUCUGGAACGUGGUGAACAAGGACAGCCAUGUGAAUUUAACGUGUGGACCAGAGAGGCCGGGCCGGGUUCACUAGCCAUAUCAGUCGAAGGUCCUAGCAAGGCGGAAAUCGAUUUCAAAGAUCGCAAGGAUGGUUCAUGUUAUGUCAGUUACGUCGUAGGCGAACCAGGAGAAUACCGAAUCGGUAUUAAGUUUAACGACCAGCACAUUCCGGACUCACCAUACAAGUUGUUUAUAUCACCAGCAAUGGGUGAAGCGCACAAACUUGAAGUGGCGCAAUUCCCGACGUCCGGAGUCCAAGCCGAUUACCCAGCUCAAUUCAUUGUUCGUAAGAACGGCGCUGUUGGUCAACUCGACGCCAAGGUUGUGUCACCGUCCGGUACAGAAGACGACUGUUUCAUUCAAUCAAUCGAUCAAGAUAUGUACUCUGUCCGUUUCAUGCCCCGUGAUAAUGGCGUUCACAACAUACACGUCAAAUUCAACGGCGUUCACAUUCCAGGAUCACCAUACCGUUUGAAAGUCGGCAAAGGAGACGCCGAUCCUGCUGCCGUCCACGCCACUGGCAGUGGUUUGGGAGAUGUCAAGACAGGACACAAGACGGAUUUUAUUGUAGACACUUGUAACGCGGGUGCCGGUACAUUGGCUGUAACUAUUGACGGGCCAAGCAAAGUUUCUAUGGACUGUACCGAAGUCGAAGAAGGUUACAAAGUCAGGUACACGCCGUUAGUGCCAGGCGAAUAUUACAUAAGUUUGAAAUACAAUGGAUAUCAUAUUGUUGGUUCGCCGUUCAAAGUCACAUGUACUGGUGAGGAUUUGGCUGAGCGUGGGCCACAAGAAACAAGCUCAGUUGUUGUGGAAACUGUACACAAAGUUUCUAAAGCUCACAAGGGUGGAGCUGGUGUCGUUUUACCACACUUUAAAUCGAACGCCACACUCGUCACGAGUAAAGGAAUGGGCUUGAAGAAAGCGUAUGUGGGAAAACAAAAUCUAUUCAGUAUAAGCGCUACUGAUGCCGGCAACAAUAUAUUAUUCGUUGGUAUUUACGGACCUAAAGGACCAUGUGAGGAGAUAUUUAUCAAACACAUGAAACAGAACAACUACCAAGUGAGCUAUAUCGUCCGAGAACGGGGCGAAUACAUUCUUCUGGUCAAGUGGGGGGAUGAUCACAUACCCGGUUCACCGUUCAAAAUCGAAACAUAAAUCUAACGAAAUAAAUAAAACAUAAAAAAAAAUUUAAAAAAAAUUAAUGAAAAAA